UUCAGGACAGUUGAACAUUCCUGGACAUCACUGGGGACCUAAUCCUAACUUGGUCUUAGUUUGCUGGCAACACUGAAAGGAGAUCUGAGGGAUCGUUCCUGAAAUGGGGCACAUUUUGGAAUGAAGGAGUAUUUUUGAACAACGUGGACACCUUCCUCAGAAGAUAAAGAGGGAUGGAGAAAUGGAGGAACUUCUGAGGAGGAUCCUGAGGGAGCCGCAGCAGGAAGGGGUGAAGUGAGCAGACCCAAGAAUUGAGUGAAGGGACACUGGAAAUUUUGAGGGGCCAGACGAGGGGCACGCAUCCCGCGCCAACUCCGAGACCUAAAUCCAGGAGCCCUGCUCAGAGGCGAGCGAGCGGCUCGGUGCGGGCAGGCGACGUGCUGCCGCCGGGCUGGGCUCCCCGGGGGAGAUGAUUCCUGGCCAGGUGGGCGCCUCUGCGAAGAAGACCACGGAGGAAGCAAAGUUUCGGGGCAGCUGAAGAGCCCUGACCGCAGCCCUUCCGAGCCCAAUCACCUCCCUGGCUAUGGAGGGCGGAUUCUAAAAUGAAUCCCGAUCUGGACACCGGCCACAACACAUCAGCACCUGCCCACUGGGGAGAGUUGAAAAAUGCCAACUUCAGUGGCCCCAACCAGACCUCGAGCAACUCCACACUGCCCCAGCUGGACGUCACCAGGGCCAUCUCUGUGGGCCUGGUGCUGGGUGCCUUCAUCCUCUUUGCCAUCGUGGGCAACAUCCUAGUCAUCUUGUCUGUGGCCUGCAACCGGCACCUGCGGACGCCCACCAACUACUUCAUCGUCAACCUGGCCAUUGCCGACCUGCUGCUGAGCUUCACCGUCCUGCCCUUCUCGGCCGCCCUGGAGGUGCUAGGCUACUGGGUGCUGGGGCGGAUCUUCUGCGACAUCUGGGCAGCUGUGGACGUCCUGUGCUGCACAGCCUCCAUCCUGAGCCUGUGCGCCAUCUCCAUCGACCGCUACAUUGGGGUGCGAUACUCCCUGCAGUACCCCACGCUGGUCACCCGGAGGAAGGCCAUCUUGGCGCUCCUCAGUGUCUGGGUGCUGUCCACGGUCAUCUCCAUCGGGCCUCUCCUUGGCUGGAAGGAGCCGGCACCCAACGAUGACAAGGAAUGCGGGGUCACCGAAGAGCCCUUCUACGCCCUCUUCUCCUCCCUGGGCUCCUUCUACAUCCCUCUGGCGGUCAUCCUGGUCAUGUACUGCCGCGUCUACAUCGUGGCCAAGAGGACCACGAAGAACCUAGAGGCAGGUGUCAUGAAGGAGAUGUCCAACUCCAAGGAGCUGACCCUGAGAAUCCACUCCAAGAACUUUCACGAGGACGCCCUCAGCAGUACCAGGGCCAAGGGCCACAACCCCAGGAGUUCCAUAGCUGUCAAACUUUUUAAGUUCUCCAGGGAAAAGAAAGCAGCCAAGACCUUGGGCAUUGUGGUCGGCAUGUUCAUUCUGUGUUGGCUCCCCUUCUUCAUCGCCCUCCCGCUUGGCUCCUUGUUCUCCACCUUGAAGCCCCCCGACGCCGUGUUCAAGGUGGUGUUCUGGCUGGGUUACUUCAACAGCUGCCUCAACCCCAUCAUCUACCCGUGCUCCAGCAAGGAGUUCAAGCGCGCCUUCGUGCGCAUCCUCGGGUGCCAGUGCCGGGGCCGCCGUCGCCGUCGCCGCCGUCGCCGCCUGGGCGGCUGCGCCUACACCUACCGGCCGUGGACGCGCGGCGGCUCGCUGGAGCGCUCGCAGUCGCGCAAGGACUCGCUGGACGACAGCGGCAGCUGCCUGAGCGGCAGCCAGCGGACCCUGCCCUCGGCCUCGCCGAGCCCGGGCUACCUGGGCCGCGGCGCGGCUCCGCCCGUCGAGCUGUGCGCCUUCCCCGAGUGGAAGGCACCGGGCGCGCUCCUGAGCCUGCCCGCGCCCGCGCCCCCCGGCCGCCGCGCGCGCGACUCGGGCCCGCUCUUCACCUUCAAGCUUCUGGCGGAGCCCGAGAGCCCCGGGACCGACGGCGACGCCAGCAGCGGCGGGGGCUGCGAGGCCGCGGCCGACGUGGCCAACGGGCACCCGGGCUUUAGGAGCAACAUGCCCCUGGCUCCCGGGCAGUUUUAGGCCCGCGCGCGGCCCCUUUCCCUGGGGAGGAAGCCACCGUGGGGGGCGGGCGGGCGCGGCCUGGGGCACACGGGCGGGACGGGGAGAGGGGCGGCUGCUUUUCUGGCAGGGGCAUGGGUGCCAGGUACGGCGCGGAGGGCUGGGCCGAGCAUGCCGAGAGCCUGGGGCCCCGCCGGCCCGGAUUUCCGUCUCUCUCUCUCUCUCUCUCUCUCUCUCUCUCUCUCUCUCUCUCUCUCUCUCUCUCUGUAUAUAUAUCGAGUCCCUCUCUACCUGUAUUUAACUGGGUUCACGUGCGUGUGUCUGUGCGGUGUACGUGUGGUGUGCAUGUGUACUUGUGUGAGCGGUGGAGGAGUGUGCGCCCAGAAGUGGCAGCCCAGGCCCUUGUCUCGUGACUUCGUACCUCCCAAGUCCCUCCUUGUUCUUCGCUUUACGAUGGCACUUUGACGGGGUGGGAAACAAAGUCAGACAUUAAAGAUCCUUUCUCCUGUGUA